CUUCCCAUGGUUUGCGCGUGCGCGCUGUGGCGGAGGCUGCGGUGCUGGAAGGGCUGUCGUUACUCUUGCGUUGGGAGGCGCGGCGGGGAGCUUCCGCCAUGGAGGGCCCUGGGCCUGGGCUCGCCGCGCGGCCGCUCACCGAGGAUGAAAUGGCGGAGGUGAAGAAGGAAAUACUACACUGAUGGGGGCCAUAUAAGCAUCUAGAUGAAGGCUUUAGAAAGGAUGCGUCCCUAUUUGUGUGACAAAAUUAUCGCGGAGAGACACUUUGAUUACCUGCGUUCAAAGAAAAUACUCACUAGAGAGGACGCUGAAGAAAUAUCUUGUCGACCCUCAAGUAGAAAGAAAACUGGGAAGUUACUGGACUACUUAGCAGAAAAUCCAAAGGGACUAGAUACUUUGAUUGAAUCUAUUAGAAGAGAGAGAACACAGAACUUCCUGUUAGAAAGGAUAACUGAUGUGGUGUUGAAAGUCAAAAAUGAAAAACUUGAAGCUCUCAAAGGUCUGAGCUGCAGCAGCUGUAUGACUUCAGUGUAUGGAGGAACAAAUAAUCUUUCUAGGUCAUAUUCUGAUGAAUCCAAUUACUAUGAAAAAGUAAAAGAAUCUACCCAUAAUCAACCAGAAGAACAGUUUAGUACAGCUGCUUUUGUGUCUGCUUCAUCUCUUCGUUCAAUGAAUUUACCGAUUGUGGAGAUGGGAAGCACAGAAAAUGCAGUCUUCUCAACCACGCUUCCAGGACCUGGGGAUCCUGGAGCACCCCCUCUUCCACCAGAACUGCAGUCUGAACAACAGGAAGCCAGUGCCAGUUCAAGUGACAGUCGUUUUCUGCCUUUAAGAUCUCGUUCUCUUCUACCACAAUGACUUCAAUGACUCUUUUUCCUGUCUCUUUCUUAAAGGAGGGGGUGUUAUGAGACUUUUACAUAUCUUUGCAGGCAGCAUACAGAAUGUUUCCAAACUUUAAAUUGCAAAUAGGGGGAAAUAGCCUAUAUGAGUGCCCCCCCCCCC